AUGAUUGAUCCUGUCGGCGCCGCUGCGGCAGCUACAGCCACGAUUGGUCAGUCCCUCGACCUCAUCCGCAGAGUUACUACGACCAUCGACAUCUACAAAAAUGGCAACGAAAGCUUGGAAUAUCUAUGCAAGGACCUCCGCAGUGUUACUGAGAUCAUUGAACUUGUCCAGGCUCUUGAGGCGCUUAGGACUAAGGGAGUCCUCAAGGCUCUAGCCAACAUGCUCAAGCACGCUCAAAAGCUGGACAAACACAUCAAUGGCGUGAUGGACAAGUCCAACACAGGCUCCCCCGUGCGUCGUUUCACCCAUCAGUUUAUGAAAGGCCCUGAAGAAAUAGAGUCCACCAACAAGAUGGUCGCCGAACUCACGACGCUCAAGGCCACACUCAUCCUCCAGAUCCAGGUGGCCCAUGUCGGUCUGUUCGUGGAAAGGAGUCAAGAGCAACAGAACGACUCUGGCGGCACUCAUGUAUUAAACAGUGUUGUUCUGCAUCAGGUCAAUCAUGCCGUCGAGCAAAGGCUGGGGAAGGGAAAGGGGCUCAAGAUAGCCGAGGUGCUGCAAGGCAAGGAGCCAGACGGCGACGGAAUGAUUCGCCUUACCAAGGAGGAGUACGAGUGUCUCAUCAUCCAUCCGUCAAGUGAAGACAACGCAAACAACCAACAGGGCACGAUUAGGGUUGCAAACAACAGGACUGUUGGUCAAGCACUUCAGAUCAACGGGUUUGUGGAUGAUAGUUGGACAGAAUUCACCCACAAUCUAACCAUCGAACACAACGAGGCACAAGACCAAAGCAUCCAGAUCAACAAUCCUAUCAACGAAGGCACAUUUAACAGAGUUCUAGCAGCAAGAAAUGCUGGUCUUCAGAUCCAUGCCAUGGGAAGCUCGGGUCAAUGGCCGCAUCCACCACCGAUGCCUCCUCAACAGCCAAUGAAUGGGCUCCCUCAAUCAUGGCCGUAUCCGCCAUGGCCAUACUACGGCCAGCCUGGUGCAAUCCAGCACUCGAACCCCCCUUCCAAUGGGGCUCAAGGAGCAUUUUCGGGCCCAGGGCAGCCCGCAUCGCUUGAGAGUGAACCUUCGGCGGCUGUAUCCUAG